AUGGAAUCAGAGGUAGAUGACUUCAAGGCAGAGUGUGAGAAGGGAAACGAGGACAAGGCUACUUGUGAUUCCUACAAUGAAUGGUUGGCCUGGAAGGACGCCCACGAGAGUGCACUUGAGAAAAUCUCCGCAAAACAGUCCAACAUUCGCUUCAAACGCCAAGCUGAACAAGAGCCUGGUGACAUCGAAUCAGAGGUAGAUGACUUCAAGGCAGAGUGUGAGAAGGGAAACGAGGACAAGGCUACUUGUGAUUCCUACAAUGAAUGGUUGGCCUGGAAGGACGCCCACGAGAGUGCACUUGAGAAAAUCUCUGCAAAACAGACCAACAUUCGCUUGAAACGCCAAGCUGAACAGGAAGAUGAAAUGCAAGAAUUUGAUAAUGAAUCAAAUCUUGAAUUAUCAGAAUUUAAAAAGGCUUGUGAAGAAGGGACUGAAGAUAAAGAUACAUGUGACUCCUUUUACAAUGUGAUGAAAAAGAAAGAAGAGAAAAAGAAUAUUUUUCGUCGUAAACGCAAUGCCGAGGCAGUGAUAGAAACUGGGAAGGACAAAGAGAAUUAUGAAUCCAAUCUAGAGAUUUCAGAAUUCAAAAAGGCAUGUGAAGAAGGGACGGAAGAUAAAGAUACAUGUGACUCCUUUUACAAUCUGAUGAAAAAGAAAGAAGAGAAAAAGAAUAUUUUUCGUCGUAAACGCAAUGCCGAGGCAGUGAUAGAAACUGGGAAGGACAAAGAGAAUUAUGAAUCCAAUCUAGAGAUUUCAGAAUUCAAAAAGGCAUGUGAAGAAGGGACGGAAGAUAAAGAUACAUGUGACUCCUUUUACAAUCUGAUGAAAAAGAAAGAAGAGAAAAAGAAUAUUUUUCGUCGUAAACGCAAUGCCGAGGCAGUGAUAGAAACUGGGAAGGACAAAGAGAAUUAUGAAUCCAAUCUAGAGAUUUCAGAAUUCAAAAAGGCAUGUGAAGAAGGGACGGAAGAUAAAGAUACAUGUGACUCCUUUUACAAUCUGAUGAAAAAGAAAGAAGAGAAAAAGAAUAUUUUUCGUCGUAAACGCAAUGCCGAGGCAGUGAUAGAAACUGGGAAGGACAAAGAGAAUUAUGAAUCCAAUCUAGAGAUUUCAGAAUUCAAAAAGGCUUGUGAAGAAGGGACGGAAGAUAAAGAUACAUGUGACUCCUUUUACAAUCUGAUGAAAGAGAAAGACGAGCAAAAUAAUAUUUUUCGUCGUAAACGCAAUGCCGAGGCACUGAUAGAAACUGGAAAGGACAAAGAGAAUUAUGAAUCCAAUCUAGAGAUUUCAGAAUUCAAAAAGGCUUGUGAAGAAGGGACAGAAGAUAAAGAUACGUGUGACUCCUUUUACAAUCUGAUGAAAGAGAAAGAAGAGCAAAAGAAUAUUUUUCGUCGUAAACGCAAUGCCGAGGCACUGAUAGAAACUGGAAAGGAUAAAGAGAAUUAUGAAUCCAAUCUAGAGAUUUUAGAAUUCAAAAAGGCUUGUGAAGAAGGGACAGAAGAUAAAGAUACAUGUGACUCCUUUUACAAUCUGAUGAAAGAGAAAGAAGAUGAAAACGUGUUCCCGCGUGGUAGACGUGAUACUAAGGGAACUUACGAAGUUGCAAACGUCAACGAAAAAGACUUAAACGAUCAGAAUCCAGGGGACAUGCACCCAAAUAUUGAGGAAGAUGAAAAAAGCAGAAUCUCAAAACUCACAAAAGAUUGUGAAGAUGGAAAAGAAGAUCAGGAUACCUGCGAUUCAUAUUUCAAGUGGAUGGAAUGGAAGAAAAACCAUGACGCCUUUUUAAAAAGAAAUAACGAGAACGAGUCUGGAGAUCAUUUGAAUAACAGAGUUGGGAAAGCAGCAGAAAAGAAGAAACAGACUUCUGAUGGUCACAAGAAGGAAGAAGAGAACGGAGAUUCAGAAAGAAGUGAAGAAGAUGAAAGUAAACUGAGGAAGUUAGACGCAAAGAUCAGAGCUGAUUUUGAGCAAGAUGAUGUUUAUUCUACAAAAAUUGCAAAAGGACGUACUUUUCAAGGGCCUUCCUCUGCGGAGAGAUCUAGCACCCUGCGAAAGAAUUCCGGUGAAUUUAAACGCAGAAGUUCACAUAGUCUUGAUGGAUUUGAAACUGAGCUUGACCAGGCAAAUGCAAGAAUAAAAGACGCCGAUAAAGCGAUUAGUGAAAACAACGAACCUGUUGUACGACCAAGGAUGGUCGGAGAAAGGGAUAUGCAGGUACCAAAACUGCAUCACAGGCAUGCAAUUUCCAAAAGACAACGCAGGACUGUCGCUGAAGUGCUUUAUAAAUUGUUAGCGCAGAAAAAUGCCGCUCACAAGCGAAUAUCACCUGGCAGAAAAUGA